CUGCCUGUCUUCAAGAGUAGCUCGGCACAAGGCGUUUUGCUGCGUCACUCAGUCACUCACUGAUCUCUACACCUGGAUGGUAUACGUGGACAGUGUGAUACUUCAUCUUCUCCUGGCAUUGUGGAUACCAAGGGUCAAGCAAUGUCCACUCCGGUUUCUCAGGGGGUUCUACGGCCUGUUCUGAUUGGCUGUUUUUUUAUGGCAUGCUUCGUGGGAAUAUUCUUAAUUUACUACAAACCCCAGAUCAAGUUCCUUUCAUGCCCUACUGACCAGGCAUCCCACGAGGGGAAGGCUGGUUGUUCUCCUUGCCCUCAAGUAAGUAUUGCAGGGAACCACACAGGGCAAAAAACACACCAUGCACAGACAGCCAUUCAGGCCGAUGAUGACGGAGACACAAACACUAUCAUUUUGAUCUGGAUGUGGCCAUUUGGUCAUGCCUUUGACAUAGACUCUUGUGUCUACUUUAACAUCAAAGGCUGUCACCUAACAGUGGAUAAAAACCUUUACAGCAAGGCGCACGGUGUCAUAUUCCACCAUAGAGACAUCCAUGGAGACCUGAAGAACAUGCCCCAAGAGCAACGUCCAUGGUUCCAGAAAUGGGUGUGGUGGAAUGGAGAAUCACCGGCUAACACAAACAGGAUCCCUGGUGUUGACCACUUGUUCAAUUUGACUGCGAGUUAUCGACUGGAUUCUGAUAUCAAGGUUCCAUAUGGGUCGCUUGUCGAGGUAACCAGUGAGGAUAAAAUCUUUGAGCUGCCCAAGAAGGACAAAUUAGUCUGCUGGGUAGUGAGCAACUGGAACCCAAACUACAAGAGGGUACAGGUGUUCAACGAGCUCAGUAGGCAUGUCAAAAUAGAGGCCUAUGGGAGACAUUUUAGUAGAUACCUAGAAAACGAAGACUACUCAAAGACGCUGUCCAGCUGUAAAUUCUACCUGGCAUUUGAAAACUCCAUCUACAAAGACUAUGCUACAGAGAAGCUGUUCAACGCUAUGAAGUUGGGAGCAGUCCCCGUUGUUCUAGGUCCAUCCAGGGACAACUACGAGCAAUUUAUCCCAAGGGACUCUUUUAUCCAUGUGGAUGAUUUCUCCUCUACAGAGGAGCUGGCAAAGAAGCUUCUCUUUCUCGACCAGAACGAGGAAGAAUACAUGAGUUACUUCACCUGGCGAAAGAACUUUAAAGUCCAGGGAUGGUGGUUUGGACUUGAGCACGCCUGUCGCUCAUGUGAUUACAUUAGAAGAAAUAAAGGAUACAAAACUUUUCAGAAUCUAAAUAAAUGGUUUUGGGGCUAAGUGACACAUUUGUAGUGAGACAUUUCCAUGUAAAAGGACCCAUAAACUCCAACCUGUGAAGUUCAAUCAAUACAAUGUUUUAUAAUGCCCUUUUUACAUUUGCAGUUGUCACAACAUGCUUCUACAGAAACUGAGCCUAAAACCCCAAAGAGCAAGCAAUAUAGAAGCACGCUGGCUAGGAAAAACUCCCUAGAAAGGCUGGAACCUAGGAAGAAACCUAGAGAGGAACCUGGCUUUGCUUGUUGUGGGAGGAGAUUAAACGAAUACAUGGGCAUUAAGGCCAGAUCGUUCUUCUAUAUUUUCAUACAUAUAUAGGCGACCAGUAGGGUCAAAUUCUAAUUAUAGUGGUUAUAGAUGUCCAGGACAAUGUAGCGUGAAUGGGUCAGGGUUCCAUAGCCGCAGACAGAACAGCAGAAAGUGGAUGAGCAGCUCGACAAGGUAGUCCGUUCGGUGCACAGGUCUGGGUUGCAUAGCUGCAGGCAAAUAGCAGAAGCUGGAUCAGCAGCACAACCAGGUCUUUCUGGUUCUCAAGUACCUCCAGCAGUACACAUUUUCAUUGGAGCACUGGACAAACACACCUCAUUCAACUCAUUGAGGGCUUGAUGAUUAGUUGACAAGUUGAAUCAGGUGUGCUUGUGCAGGGCUACAAUAAAAAGGUGUACUGUUGGGGGUACUGUUGGGGGUACUGGAGGACCAGGGUCAGGAAACACUGACUUAAAACACAAAACCAAAUCUAUAUCCAUUGGAGUUGCUUACCAAUGGAUAUAGAUUGCCAAGAAAACAUUGAAUGUUCCUGAGUGACCGAGCUACAUUUUUUACUUAAAUCUACUUGAAAAUCUAUGGCAAGCCCUGGAAAUGGUUGUCUAGAAAUAAUCAACAACCAAUUUGACAGAGCUCGAAGAAUGUUUAAAAGAAUACAUAGCUAAUGUUGCACAAUCCAGGUGUGGAAAGCUCUUAAGCCUUGUUCACAAUGCAGGCCUUAAUGCUCUAAUCUGUUUUGGAAUACUGACUGUCCAAACAGCAAGUUACAAGUGACCAAUUCAGAUCUAUGUGUGUUCAGACAGCAGUCAUUUGCUGAUAAGGCUAUGCUAGUUGUCAUAGUAAUGACAGGUGUGUGUGUGUGAGAGCAGUAGUGUAGGCUGAUUGGUAGUAGUGCUUCCUUUCACUCUAUUAGCAAGCUAAAGUGACAACAAUGCCUGCCAUGGACGUUUCCCAGUUGAUUUGAAUGUUUAAAAUCAGAGUGGAAGAACACUUUUAAAGCCUCAAAGGAUAAGAUGAUCCAACUUGUCAAACUGUCAACUGAGUAGCUAGCAAGCAACAAGAUAUGCCAAAUAACAGUCUAAAAAGCACUUGAGGGUAUGUAAAUCACAAGUUACAUGGCCAGAAAUCCGAUUUUUAUCUUUUAUUAAAAAAUAUAUAUAUUUCACUUUUAUUUAAACAGGUAAGCUAGUUGAGAACAAGUUCUCAUUUACAACUGCGACCU